ACAGGCCGGGUGGGGGCGCCAGUACCCGCAGCAGAUCAGUGUAGAAGAAGAUCUGCAGAUCUGCGGACUGAAGACUCUAGAAAUAAACAGCAUCCUGAUGCCAGUCGGUGAUGACGAUAAAUUAUGGCAUCCGCUAUAAAUUCCUCUGUUCACACCGAUGCAUCUGAGAAAAUAACGCCGAAUCCGACGUGCGAGAGUAAAACUCACCACUGUUCAGAGUGCGGGAAGAGUUUUAAUCAGAAGAAAACGCUUCAAAGACACCAGAGACAAAAACAUAACGUCGCUAAACCGUAUCCCUGCGCCGACUGCGAAAAGAGCUUCGAUCAGAAGUGGAAUCUGGAGCGACACCAGCGCGUUCACACCGGAGUAAAGAUCUACCAGUGCUCGGAGUGCGGGAAGACCUUUAAUAUCGAGAGUACCCUCAAAACCCACCAGCGCGUUCACACCGGAGAAAGGCCGUAUCGCUGCUCAGACUGCGGGAAGAGUUUUAGAGAAAAAGGAACUCUUCAGAUACACCAGCGCAUUCACACCGCGGUGAAACCGUUUCAGUGCUCAGAGUGCGGGAAGAGCUUCACGCAGCGCAGCAGUCUCCAACGCCACCAACGCGUUCACACCGGAGAGAAACCGUAUCGCUGCUCCGAGUGCGGGAAGAGCUUCACUCAGCAGAUUAACCUCCAGCUCCACCAGCGCAUUCACACCGGAGAGAAACCGUAUCACUGCUCACACUGUGGAAGCAGCUUUAGAGAAAGAGGUACUCUCAGAAACCACCAGCGCAUUCACACUGGAGUUAAACCGCAUCAGUGCUCGUACUGCGAGAAGCGCUUCAUUAGUCGCAGUACUCUCCAGAUUCACGAGCGCGUUCACACUGGAGUUAAACCGUAUCAGUGUCCGGAGUGUGACAAGAGUUUUAAUCGUCAUGGUAACCUUUUAGAACACCAGCGCAUUCACACUGGAGAGAAACCGUAUUACUGCUCAGAGUGCGGGAGGUGCUUCAGAUUUUUGGGAACAUUAAAGACGCACAAAUGUCAAAAGAAGGAAGAAGAAACUGUCAACACAUGCUUAUCAGAAAACUGCUGUUAGAGGAUAUAACUGUAUACAUCUUUUGAUGGGAAGUACAGUGCUGUGCCUACAGAUUUCUUUUUGUUUUUUUGCUUUUUUAGCAUAUAAACAUUUUCGGAUUAACAAACACAUUUUAAUAUCAAACAGAGAUUACCUGAGUAAAUAUAAAAUGCAGUUUUUAAAUGAUAAUUUAAUUUAUUAAAGAAAAAAUCUACCACAACCAAUUUAGCCCUGUGUGAAAAAGUAGUCCAAUGCCGCCAUAUCUAAUAAUUUGGCUAGAAACACAAUGGUUUUGAGGAAUUUGCAUAAUUGCUGACUUCUUGAAAGGUGUGUACAGAAUUUAUGAGAGUAUUGUCUGUCCUCAUCAAGCAGAAAUAAAUAAACUUGGUUCCAUGUUUGUAAA